AUGUCCGAGUGGGGCUCAAAGACCGUCGCCGAAUUGAAGAAAGAGUGCAAAGAAAGAGGCCUCAAAGUGUCCGGGACAAAAGCCGAGCUUGUUGAAAGAAUCGAAGAAGCCAUUGCGGAGGGAAAUGAUACUCUCGAGACGACCGGUGGCAACAUCGAAGACGAACUCCUAGCUGAGGUUGAGGAACCAGAGCCUGAGCAGAGUGAAGAGACUGACGAAUUGAAGACAGAAGAUAUCAUUGAAGAAGAGCCAAAAGCUGAAGAAAAGAAAGCUACCCCGCCGGUAGAAGACGAAGUCGCCAAAAAGAUUUCUCGAGCGGAACGAUUUGGGCUUGAAUCAAAAGAAGUUCUUGAGCAGAAAAAGCUGAGCCGUGCAGAGCGAUUCGGCCUCCCAGCUGCCGAAAAGGCAAAGGCAGAUGAGAAGAAGCGCGCCCGUGCCGAGCGUUUUGGCCUUACAAAUGCCAAUGGUACCAGCGGAGCCGCUAAGAAGUCUAAACUGGAAGGCACGGACAUCGCAGUCGACCCAGAGAAGAUCAAGAAGCGAAUGGAACGCUUCGGCGCAUUAGACGACCCAGAAUCGAAGAAAAAGCGCGAGCCGCUCGAUUCGCCAUGGCCUAGAUUUACACUCACGCCACUUGUAGUUCAUUUCAUUUCCUCAAAUUAG